AUGGAUACAACCACACACAGUCAUCUCGAAACAACAACACAGUUAACAACACACAAUAUUCCCGAUGCGACCACCCGACCAACUGAGCACAACACUUCCGAAGCAAUAUCCCGGUCAACAAUACACGAUAGCCCAGAAGCAAUAACCGAGUCAACAUCACACAUAAGUCCCGAAGGAAUAUCCCAGUCAACAAUACUCGUACACGGCAGUCCCGAAGCAACCACCGGGUCAACAAUACACGGCAGAUCCGAAGCGAUAACCGGGUCAACAUCACAUAUAAGUCCCGAAGGAAUAUCCCGGUCAACAAUACACGGCAGUCCCGAAGCAACCACAGGACCAACAACACGAGAAACAAUCAUCCGGUCAACUUCGCCGGAAAGUCCCGAAACAACUACUAUGACUUCUCCUUCAACAACACAUAAGCAUUUAACAACUACGCAGUCAGCACCGAUUAUUAGAAUACAUUUCCCAGCGUCUCGAUGUAGCGCCGUCACUCUAUCAAACGGCACUCUCAUCUAUCCUACAGCUGUCCGUGUCGUAAUUACAAUGUCAUUCCCAAGAAAUACACUUCAACAUACAGCCUGUAAACUAACACCAGAGUGUGCCAGAAAUCCGUGUAAAAAUGGAGGAAGUUGCUUGGAAUUAUUGUCUGGGUAUAUUUGUCAAUGUCCGGCUAAUUUCACUGAACGCAACUGUGAAAACCUCGAAACUGGACAUACAACUGGUACCUUUUCAUCGACAGCACCGCAAAGUACGUCUGAUUUCCAAGUAACAUCUCAAAUCUCAACAGUAUAUUACUUAACACCUGACAUCACUCCAUCAACAACGGAUACCACUCCACCAGGAACUCUUACCUCAGCUUCACCGACAACAGAUGGAACAUCAUCUGGAACAACAUCUGUAGCUUUAUCUUCAACAUCACAUCCAGUAGUAUCUCCAACAACUUUGAUUUUUGCAUCGACAACAUCUGCACCAGUACCAACAGAAACACCUCCGACAACUUCAUCGACAUCAUCAACAAUAUUCUUGACAACACCUUCAUCAACAGAUCUGACAUCUUCAACAACACAACCAACAACGUCUCCAACCUCUCCAGUGACUUCUCCGCCCGAAAAAUCAUCAACUACCGCACCCUCAUCGACAACAGAUGGAACAUCAUUUGGAACAACAUCUCUAGCUUUAUCUUCAACAUCACAUCCAGUACAAUCUCCAACAACUUUGAUUUCUGAAUCGACAACAUCUGGACCAGUACCACCAGAAACACCUCCGACAACUUCAUCGAUAUCAUCAACAAUACUCUUGACAUCUUCAUCAACAGAUCUGACAACUUUAACAACACACCCAACAACAUCUGCAACCUCUCCAGUGACUUCUCCGCCCGAAAAACCAUCAACUACCGCACCCACGACAAGUACUUUAGUUUCUACCACUGCGGCAAUAGAGACAACAAGGUCUCUCCUUAAUGUUAAAAUCUUCGUGGCUGAUGAAGGUGGAUCUUGCAUAUGGAUAGGGAAUCCAGUAACGUAUUCUUUCACUGUUGCUACGCAUUCUAUUGCUUGGGAUGUGGCCUAUGACAGCGUGGACGAGAUCAUAUACUGGACAGAUUUUAAUGGAAAUCAGAUAUGGAAGGCAAGGGAGAAUGGGUCCGAUAAGGAACAGGUCAUCUUUGACUACAAUGGCCCUGCAGGAAUAUCGAUAGACGAAGAAUCAAGGAGGGUAUACUGUGCCUUCAGGGGUUCGGAGAAGAUAGCGUCAAUAGGGAUAGAUGGUACAGGUCAAGAUGAAAUUGUUGGAAAUCCAGAAGAUCCUAGGACUGUAGAGGCUAAACCUUCUCUCGGGUACCUGUAUUUCACACACAAAUACAGACUGGAGCGAUGUAAUUUCGACGGAACAAAUCGUCAACAGCUAUUUUAUAGCUCGCAGUUUUCUGAUUUAACAGGGCUUAGCGUAGAUGACACAGGAGGACGAAUCUACAUCUCAGACAUAGGCCAAAAGGUAAUCAAACACAUGGAUUUAGAUGGCAAUGAUCUGAAGACUAUCAAUCCUGGUUAUGAACCCUCUGAUGUAUUCUACUUCCGGGGCAUACUAUACAUUUCAGAAAUAACGACACAAGGUAUUGUAGAACAAGAUCCUGAUACAUCCGGGUACUCAAAAAUGGCGCAACAGAUGUUCUCUUACCCUCGGCAUCUUCACAUGGCUUAGGAUUCUCUUUGUAUUGAUUAUGUCUAUUUAAAGGUCAAGUCCACCCCAGAAAAUUGUUGAUUUGGAUAAAUAGA